AAUGUUUUUGGGGCUUUUCUAUAGGUAACCCCUAGCAUUGGGGCUUUUCUAUAGGUAACCCCUAGCAUCAGGUAGAACAGGGGGCAGUCGCUGGAGGGGAUAAUGGGAAGAAUCUCUGAGGGCAGAAUGGUGUGUGUGUGUGUGUGUGUGUGUGUGUGUGUGUGUGUCACUGGGGGGGGAUAAUGAGAAGAAUCUCUGAGGGCAGAAUAGGUAACGUCCAGCACUAUGACGUCAGCGCCCGGGGGCCAAUAGGCUCCUCCUCCCGCCUAUAUAAGAGACGCACGCACAGGCAGAGGCAGGCAGCACUCACUCAACCCUCGCAAGCAUGGGCAAGAUCAUCUUCUACGAAGGCCGCAACUUCCAGGGCCGCUCCUGGGAGUGCAGUGGGGACUGCUCGGACACCUUCAGCCACUUCAGCUGCUGCAACUCCAUGCGCGUGAUGGGGGGCCACUGGGUGGCCUACGAGAAGCCCAACUUCAUGGGCUACCAGUACAUCCUCAACAAGGGCGAGUACCCCGAGUUCAGCCACUGGAUGGGCUUCAACAACUGCAUCCGCUCCUGCCAGAUGAUCCCUCCCUACAGGGGAUCUUACCGCAUGCGGAUCUACAACCGGCCCAACCUGUCGGGCGGCAUGAUGGAGUUCAUGGAGGACUGCCCAAACGUCUACGACCGCUUCCGCUCCCGCGACAUCUUCUCCUCCCACGUCAUCGAGGGCUACUGGGUGUUCUACGAGCACUCCAACUACAGGGGGCGCCAGUUCUUCCUGCGCCCUGGCGAGUAUCGCGGCUGCAUGGAGUGGGGCUGCUUCAACCCCAUGGUGGGCUCCUUCAGACGCAUGAGGCCCAGCCUCAUCUGAGAAACACACACACACACACUCACACACAUUCACACACACACACUCACACACGCUCACGCUCACUCACACACCAGGCAGGGACACACAGAUGCCGGCAUGCAACAGCCAUGAAGACACGCACACCGGACAGGACUGCGCACACACACACACACACACACACACACACACACACACACACACACACAGGACGUGGACACACACUCUCACAGACCGACUAACAGCUGGGCAGAUGGUCACAGCUCUCUGGCCCCAGACGCACUCGUCUCCCUCUGCAUCUAAGUGUACACCUGGUCUUCAAUAAAGCAUGAAAACCUGACAAAA